GGUCCAAAGCCCGACCGAAGUAGUUUACCCGAACCGGAUCCGGAGUAUAAAGAAGUUCUCGGAUUCAGUCAUUAAGAGCAUUAUCGGAUCCAAAAUAAACGUAUAAUCUGCAUUUUAUCUCAGCUUUCUUUCGUCCGCUCACUCAUGGCUCUCUUUGUAGUCAUCGGUGGUGGAGGCAGAAUCGUCUACACCAACCUCGCCAGAAGCAACCCCUAUAUCUACCGCCCCCUCCAUCGUCCCCAAAUCCUUUUCCCACUCUCACCCAGUAGAAAUGCCCAUAUAGUCUCUGCCAAGAAGCUCUCAUCACGAACUGGCCGCUUUGACAGCAAAAACAGGAGGAGCUCUACAACCACCAGAGACCAGGAAGACGAAGAAGAAGAAGAACAAGAAGGGAUUGCUGGUACUGAAAGGGUCGGUGGUAAUGAAGAUGUUAGUUCAAGCAGAGUUGAAAAUGCGGGUACAAGUAAUGUUGAUGUGGAGGAUGAUGGCUAUUUCUUGCCUAAGCUCCCCGGAGACGAGCCGGACUUCUGGGAAGGUCCGCAGUGGGAUGCUCUUGGGUUCGUUGUGCAGUAUUUGUGGGCUUUUGGGAUUGUUUUUGCGCUAAUUGCAUGUGGGAUUGCUGUGGCUACUUACAAUGAAGGGGCAACAGAUUUUAAGGAGACUCCUGCAUACAAAGAGUCAAUCCAAUCUCGAGAGCUUUUAGAAGAACCUGAAGCAUCUAAUUCUGAUGUGUUUGACUCCAAUCCAACCGAGGUGGCGCCUAGUUUGGAUUAGUUGCUUGAAGGUGAAUGUGAAAAAGCAAUUGCAGGAAUCAUAAUUCUUGGAAAAAACAAAUCCUACAGAAACUAUUGUCCUUGGUUGAUAAGGUAAUGCUUCUAUGCUGUAACUUCUCAAACAUACGAAAAAGAUCUGUUAUUAUGAAUUUGGUUUCCUAGCAAGUUAAGAUGUCAGGCUAUUUGAUUCCUGAUGCUAAGUUUCUGUUAUGCAAAUCUUGCAAGUUGGUUGUAACUUGAAAAGAGAUAUUCAAAUGCAAAUAAACUUUAUUUGCUAUA